UUUUCAAACUUUGUGACUGCUAAUAAUUCGAAGCUCUAGAAAAAUUGGUCAACAAAUUCAUUAAAUAGCAUUAUUAAUUGUGACUAAUUGUGCCGAAGAGGAACUGUGGCUGUAUAUUAAGUGUAUUUUGUGUUUUCAGUUGUUUGUAGCGCGUCUGGAUAUUUUUAUUAAUAGAUGGUAAAAGCUUGGAUGUUUAUCGAAGAAAAUGGUAAAAGUGGAGAAAGGGUCUGGUCUGGGCAGGCUGAAGGGCUCGGGUGACGGCGAGCUGGUGCCUUCCAAAUGUGGUUCCACCCAGAAGAUGGCUGCAAACGUGAAGGUCGUGGUGAGAGUGCGGCCGAUGAACGAGAGGGAGCGGGAACGUAACAGCCGCACUGUGGUCGACGUUGUCGAUGAUAAAAUGCUGGUGUUCGAUCCAAAAGAGGAAGACCGACCGUUUUUCUACAAGGGCGUCCAACAACCGACUAAAGGUUACUUGAAGCGGGGAAACAAGGAGCUGAACUUUGUUUUUGACCAUGUUUGCGGACAGGAAGCGUCGAAUAACGAUGUCUUUGAGACUGCCACUAAGGAUAUGCUGUCUGCCUUGAUGGAGGGGUACAACUGUUCUGUGUUUGUGUAUGGGGCAACCGGCGCAGGAAAGACAUUCACUAUGAUUGGCAAUAAAGAGCACCCCGGCAUCACAUACUUGACUAUGGAGCAUCUCUUCAGUAUGAUAAAUGAAUUUGAGAAGGAUAGAGAGUUUGACAUUUGUGUUUCGUAUAUUGAGGUAUACAACGAAAAUGUGUAUGAUCUGAUCAAGCCAUCGAAAACACCGCUACAACUCCGAGAAGACAACAAGUAUGGAGUAAUGGUUGCUGGUCUUACGUUGAAUAACAUCAAGACAGCCCGUGAGCUGCUCAAUAUGCUGGAGAAUGGCAACAAGAAUCGUACCCAGCAUCCUACUGAUGCUAAUGCGGAGAGUUCUAGAAGCCAUGCUGUAUUUCAGGUAUACCUAAAAAUGAGUUACAAGACGAGCAGCCAGGUCCGCAUAGUGAAGUUGUCGAUGAUCGACCUGGCGGGCAGUGAACGGGCCUCAGCCACCGGCUGCGUAGGCGAGCGGUUCAAGGAGGGAGCCAACAUCAAUCGCAGCUUGCUCUCUCUUGCCAACUGCAUCAACAGACUAGCUGAUGGCAGCAGCUAUAUACCUUACAGAGAUUCGAAGCUCACUCGCCUCCUCAAAGACUCUCUGGGCGGCAACUGCAAAACAGUCAUGAUUGCCAACGUGUCACCCUCGCACAUCAGUUACGAAGACACGUACAACACUCUCAAAUACGCGGCAAGAGCCAACAAGAUCCAACUGAGUAUUAAGAAGAACAUAGUCGACGGCGACAUGAGACUCAGUCAGUACGUGAAGAUUAAUGAAGAACUGAAGAAACGCGUCAAGGAGCUGGAAGCGAAGUUGCUGCAGCCCCAGAAAGAUGUAGACAGCAAGCCAGUGUCUACAAAACUGACUGAGGAUCUGAAGAAGAAGGUGAAGGAAUUGGAAACCAAAUUGACACUGUCCUAUAUUAAAAUUGAGAAAGAGAACAACAAGAUGGAAGACAUGAAGAAGAAGAUACAGGAGCUGCAAGCUAAGCUGUCAUUGUCUAGUCUCAGGGACACCACAAAGGAGAAAGGAUGGCGCGAGCGCAUUCUCGCGGAGGAAGAGAGCCACAGCUUGCUAGAACAGGAGCUGCUCACCCUGCAGAGCAGGCGGCGCGUGCUGGCGCUGCGGCACCGGCUGCGCUCGCGCGCCUUCACGCACGUCGCGGAGCUGGCGCACCGCUCCUCCACUGAGGCCAUGGAGCAGAUGUGCAACGAAGACAUACCGCGUCAGGAGCGCGCUGCUGACAGCUAUAAGAAACAAUCCCUGAAACUCGACGCCAAAAUCCUGGGCGCGUGGACCAAAUGGGAAGUCAGUCGCAAGAAGCUCUACAGCCUCUUCAACAGCGCCCUGGCGGACUGCCCCGACAUGAUCGACUUCAUAGAGAAAAUCAAGAUGCAGAGCACAAUACGGCAGCUGGAAGCCAGUGACGAUUUAAGACAUAAGCUGUUGACCAUAGAAAACGAGGAAAUAAACGCUUUCACAGAAUAUAUGAGUGACAUGCCCAAUAUGCUGAAGAAGUUGUACUUGACGCUCAAAGGAUACGACAGAGCGACGCCUGCCAUGACGGCAGAAUAUCUGGAAAUCAUGAAGAAAGCCAAAUCUGCCAAAGGUAUCUCGUGGUCGGACGACGAUUGCUCCAAUACUGACACUCAGUUCAAAGCCAUAUGCACUCUCAACUUAGAAAAGCCAGUUUCUCAAGAAUAUCUGUCAGGUAAAAGGGAUGUAAACUCAACUUUAGAUAUGAUGACGGACAGCGAGGAUUUGACAGACUUAGAGAAUAUAGAACCAAUAAGAUUAUCAGCAAAGAAGCGUAAAGGUACUCCGAUAAAGUUGAUGAACAACGAAACGAUUAUUAUUAAUGAUUCGUUAGAGAGUCUCGAUACUACGAGAACGAUGAACUCUGCUAAGAAAGUGAAGAGGGAGUUUGAUGCUUCGUUCGAUGUGGAGAACUGCGGGUUGUUGCAACCUAAGGAUCUGAACUCUACGUUUGACAUGGCGGGUAAGAUGGAGGCCUUGAAGAAACAGUUCAAGACGGAUGCCAAGCCUCCUGCCAACCUCCCCGUGAAGAGAGAACUUGUGGACAGGACAAACACUAUGCAGAGAAGCGUCAAUUUUAAUAGUGCCCGGGUAGUGAAGCCGGUAGUGGGCAAGGCGCUGCCGCAGCGGCGGCCGGCCACGGCGGCGCGCGCCGGUUUCGGAUCCAGCCUGUCCAGAGACGGCACUCCCCUCACCAGGAAUGUACAAGUGGGUUUCAAAGCUGUACGUGCGCGAGAGAGGAUGCAGACGCACCCAUAUUCAAGACCUACGCCGCUUGCGCAGAGGAAAUGACGUAAAUCUCGUAACUAGCGACACUACGUCAUGACGUAAAGGUGCUGAUGGCGUCACCAGACCGUGCUGUAUAUAAUGAAGAAAGAAGAUUAGUGUAGAUAUUAUGUAUUGGAAAUCGGGGUUCUCAAUAAAACAUCCCGCGAUGUUGAGGUUUCAUUGGGUUUUAUAUAAGCUGGUACUAUUAUUGUUACAUUCUCAUCUUGCCUCUUAGCUUUAGCUAAUUCUUCUAGGUAAUAAAUCUAGGAAUGGUUAGAGCACGCGUUCUUUUGUUUUAUGUCCUAUGCCUUUUUGUUUUUUUUUCUUUUAUGUUUUCUUAAUUCAAAUACCUUUGAAUGUACUGCAUCGGAAUAUUUAUGUUCUAAUUUUGAAUUUCUUAUUUAGAUCUAAAUAAAAAGUGCAAAUAUCAGAGGGGUUAAAAACGCCACAUCGAAGUAAUUCAUCUAAAAAAGCAAUAUCGCAUAUAAAAGCAUUUGCGCAUAUAAAAGUAAGUGCCGUAAUGCACACAAAUGCCAAAUAUUUCUUUAGUAAUAUUUCUUUUUUAGAUGAAUUGCUUUGAUGUGGCCUUUUUAACCCCCAUCUGGUUCAAUGACAAAGUUGUGAUUCUGAAAAUUAGUCUCCAAUCAAUGCGGGGCUAAUGGACCACUAGCUGUUACCCGCAACUUCGUUCGCGUGAAACCCUACUAUUAAGACUAUAGAAGUUUCAUACAAACUUUACCACCCCUUUUUUGCCCUCAGAAUCCCGUUUUAGUGACGUUUACGUCUUAAAAGGAAACCCUUUGCAAGAGACUCUUAGCACUUCUACGUAGUUUAUGAGAUUUCGAUUCAGUUAGUGACUUUUCGCUUUUAUAUAUAUUAUUAUAGAUUUUAUUAAGCACUAGAGCGUUUGCUUUAACCUGCUUUGUUUUAUAAGAUUGUACAUGGUAUAAGGAUAUAAACGAUACGAAUGCUAUCUACGUCGAUGGACGUCUUCGAUAUAAUUCGCACCGCGCUCGACGCGGUUGCCGUGCAGAGCCUACUGGUAUGCUCAAUCGUACGACAAGCCGCCAUUGCUAGCCUUUUGAUGACGUAAGUGUUACCACUGUGUUACCAUUAAAUUGGUAUCUCCAACAUUCCAAGGACGUAAAUUUAUUGAAAAUCAAUCGAAUUACUGACUAAUGAAUGUAAUUACUAUUACUUGUCACUUAUAUAAAAAUCAUAAAAACUUUAAGUAAAUCUUUUACUAAAAAAAUCCUUGUAAAGUAAAUAUAAAAACAUUGGUCGUAAGUAAUUUAUUUUUUACAAAAUGGCAAACGCAGGGUAGGGUGACGUCAGCUGGGAUAACCUUGAAAUAUUAGCUGUCACUUUUGAGCAUACCUGAUUUUCUUAUACCAUGCGAUUAUAAAAGAAAUCAACCAUAAAUCGUCCAAAUGUCCACCAUUAACGAGACCUGUUUAUUGAAAUAGGCAAAUAAAUUUUUCACUGCGGUUUUGGUGUUUAUUACUCGUUCGAUAUUCAGUGACCUAUUUUGGUAAACCCUCCAUACAACUUUUGCCAAUCUCUUUUUCUAGAUCAACACACAAAAUGAACAAGUAUGUACAUCUGAUCAGUGCCCUGUUUAUCAAAACUUACAAGCCCUGUAUUACAAGAAAUUUCCUUGUAAAAAAAAUGUCAUUAUUACAAGAAUGUGUUUAUCAAAACUACACAUGUAACUUGCAUGUUACAAGUGUCAAUAUUUAUUUUACAGGUAUAAUUUACAAUCGCUCUACUUUUUUGAUAAUUUACACGUACUCGUGAGUAACUUGUAGCUUGUGAACGUGUAGACUUGUAAGUUUUCAUAAACACAGCACUGGUCCACAUGAUUUCUCUUUAAAUCGAGCCCUGGAGUUUGAAAGUCGCUUAUGAAACGAUGCUCCAUACAUCGUUUAUUUUACGUGUAGAUUCCUCGAUACCCAAGCUAGACGAUAUUUGGAAAAUUCAUUCAUUUGAGAAGUGCCUUUGAGCGUGUAUGGCGAAACGCUUUGAUACGCGAAAGCGUAUGAAAUGUGGUAUUUUGCGAUACAGUUUGCUUUCUAUGUGCUUAGUUAUUUUGUAUUAUCCGUAAACCCAUGGAUUCAUACAAAGUUCUUUGUUUAAACUCAAAUGUAACUCAGUUAAUGAAUAAAAAUGUAUACAGGAUGCUUGUGACACUGUAACGAAAGCUGGGGGAUGAUUCAGACUAUUCUGAGUUGAUAUCAAUUGGAAUUUCCUGUCGAAAUAUUGUGAAAAUAUUUUCAGUCCCGUAUUGUAUUUCAAAAGAAACAUGGUAGUAUAUCGCCUGUUCGCGUGGUUCUAUUUACAUAGAGGCGCAGCAAAGUCUCAAAAUCUUAAUUAAAUAUUUUCGACUAUAAAAACACUACCACCGUUUUUAGUACAAUCAAGUAGACUAUCUAUUUUUUUCUUCGUUACGGUGUCACUAACGCACUGUGUUAUUACUACACAAUUUUUUGUAAGAGGGAUUUUAAAUGAUCACCUGUGCUUUAGGGAAACACGAAGAGAAAAUGAAAUCGAAAAAAAAUCAAAUUGUCAAGCCGGGACGAGCGUGUUAACCUUUACACCACCGGCUUAAUGACAAUAUAUAUAUAAUUAAAGCACAUAAUAACGGGUUCUUACCGCGUUUAAAUAGGGAUAUGAGACUCCCGAUAUUUCGUGUGCGUCAAGCUAGCGGCCUCAAAAAAAAUGGGCACGAAAAAAUAAUUUGACCAUACCAAAAAUUAGUACUCUUACUGAAAAAAAUAGUGCCUGUUGUAAAAAAAAUAGCCGCCAAAAUCGCCAAAUUUCGCUCACCGUCAAGCUAGCAAGUGCAAUAAAACAUGGCUAUAAAUCCAGAACCGUGAUGGUACUAAUUUUUUUACAACAGGUACUAUUUUUUUCAAUAAGAGUACUAAUUUUUGGUAUGGUCAAAUUAUUUUUUCGUGCCCAUUUUUUUUUUAUUUCGAUUUCAUUUUCUCUUUUAGGGUGGUAUUAAUAAACCAAUCUCAGCUUCGAGACUGCUCUCAAGAUCAUGUCAUUGUGACAAUUCUCAUAUAAAAACAGAGACUUGAGCCUUGAGGGCAGUCUCAGCGGAGAUUCGUUUAUUAAUACCACCCUUAAAGUGAUUUUAGAAGCAAAAGCAGACAAGGUUUUGUUUAAGAAUUAUGUAAUUCUGAUAUUAGUAAUACGUUUUUUUAUGUAAAUGUACGAAUGAUUUCCUAGCUUUAAUAUUUUGUAACCGUUUUCGUGUGAUUAAGAAGAAUGUAUCUAUUUAUUAAUAUAAACGACGAAGAUUUAAAGUUUACAGGUUUAUUGUUUUGAUAACGAAGUGUAAUAAUUGUUAAAUGUACUUUAGGAUAUUUUUGAUAAAUAGUUGUAUAACUUUUUUGACGAUUAGUAUUGAUAACACAUCUAGUGUAUUAUUAUUACCAGUAAUUUUAGAAUAUAACAGCUUUUUAACCGCAGUUCAUAUGCAGCUAACCAUAAAAUAGUUUCUGUCAAACUACCUAACUACAAUUAUGUGCUAAUUCCUGUAAAUACCAUCUAAUUUUAUUUUAGGUUAUAUCUGUCAUUUUCUUAUCCGCCGAAAAGGAAAGGGACGGGUAAUCGACAAGCAUAAAAUUUAUGGAACACACGUCAAUUUUAAGCACAAAUCUAAAACAACCGUCUAAAAAUUCGCCCGGGUUAUUCAUUUAUUUACUCAUUCUUCCUAAAAUUAAGAGCUGUCAAUCAUCCGUCCCUUUCCUUUUCGGCGGAUAAGAAAAUGACAGGUAUAACUUAAAGUAAAAUUAAGAGAUGUCUGCAGGAAUCGGGGCCAUUGUCCAUCUUAUUCUGAUAUUUAUUUCUGAUAAUUUACAUUGUUUUAUCGCUAAUAAGGUGUUUAUGGUAAUGAAUGAUAGACGAACAUGUCAUAAGCUCACGACUAUAUCCCAAUUGGGGUAGUCAGAAGUACAUCCAUCGCAAGAUGAACUAAGUACCCACACCUCACCAAGCUUUGUAUUAGACCAACGAGAUAGGUGGUGAGCCAUAUCGCCGUCAUGUCAUAUGGUAGACGGGGAAUAUUGCUCCCCGCGCUUUAUCACGCUCUAACACUUGGUGGUUCUGAGUGACAGAAAAGGAUAGAUGCAUAUGAAAGUGCGAUGCGGCGCGGCCAGAAUAAUAAGGACCUUGGUACACGCUACUACUAGGCCAUCCGCAAUUUUUUCAAGAUGUCGCACUACAAUGGAAAUAUACAAGUUGUUGGCGACAUCGUAACGUAAACUGAGGGGGAUGAUUCAGACCAUGAUUCUGAGUUAAUAUCAAGUGGAAUUUCCCGUCGCAAAAUUACUGUUGUUUUUUAGUUUUUUUAAAUUAUACUUUUGCGAUGUAAAAUUCCACUUGAUAUUAACUUAGAAUCAUGGUCUGAAUCAUCCCUUAAAGUUUUCGUUACGAUGUCACUAACAUCCCGUAUUAUUAUUGUAGGUAUAUUGCUUAUAGAUGAGCCAAGAGAAAGAAAAAAACAGAAACCUAUUUUCAUUAGAAAUGAGAACAUUGAUAGUUUUUAACAUCAUUUCUGUGAAAUUGUGUGAGGUACUUUACAUAUUUAAGUCGCGAGAAACUCGAUGCGCGAACGAGGAACCUUACGCCGUCUGUCAAAUUUGACAACUCGCGCUUUGAAUUUUUCUCGCCCUGUUCGCGCAGUUAGCGUGCUAGGGUGCUAGGCCUGCUGAUGUAGUACAAAGGACUCACAGUUUAUACUUAUUCAUAGUAUUGUAUUGUAUUUUGUAGACGUAAUUGUAUUCUGAAUUUAAGGUUAAUAAAACGAAUGACUGAUGUAUUUAAUAGACUUUUAUAAAGAUUAUUUGUAACUUUUUACUGACUUAUGAUUGUGUGGAAGUUUGAUUAAAAAUAGUACAUAUUA